AAAUAGACAGGUAGUCGUGUAACAACUGCAACCCUAUAUAAAUUCCUAAAGAUGUAUCUAUUCCCUCCCCUCCAUUUUCCCCCUCUUUCUCACUUUCUCUUUUGUUUUUUUUUAAGAAAAAAAAAACCCUCUAUACUCUCACUCACACACACACACAUACACACACAUAUAUAUAUAUUGAAUGACUAAUUCAUCAAUUUUACAAUCAAUUAGUCUAGUGUUAACAUUAGCUAUUUCAAUUCUUCCUAAGGCAUAUACACAGAAUACAAAUUCGGGAUCGCCUUCUUCUGACAGUGCACCUGCUCAAGUUCCUCCUACAUGGCUUUCUGACGUAGUCCCAUUAGCUGGAAAUGUUCAAUCCUAUCCUAAGGAUAACUCAUCUAUACCAACAGGUUCAUUACCGGUGAUUGAUUUUAAUGCAGCUGGAUAUCCUAGUAGUUGGAAGAUGCCUCCUACAACUUCAGCAGAAGUUCAGGCCGUUAUUCGGGCGAUUGAUUGGUCCAAAGUGCCCAAUAGUCCUGUUCGUAAAGCAAAAUCGAAUGGUGAUCUAGAUAUGUCUGGUUAUGAUUCAUCUGAUCCUGAUUGCUGGUGGAGUGCUACAGGUUGUGUUCAAUCAAAGAAUCCUCUUAUUCCUCCUGAUGUAUCUGCUUGUCCUCAAGUAGGAGAUUGGGGUUUAACUUAUGAUGAUGGACCUCUUACAGAAUCAGAUGGGGGCAUUUGGGCUGAACCGCAUCUUUAUGAUUUUUUGGCUUCUCAAAAUCAAAAAGCUGGAUUAUUUUACAUAGGAUCAAAUGUAAUUGCUGCUCCAGCUGCGGCACAACGCGCUUUAGCGAGUGGCCACACAUUAUGUGUUCAUACUUGGUCUCAUCCUGCUAUGACAUCACUUUCAAAUGGAAGCGUUGUAGCCGAAUUGUAUUGGACAAUGAAGGCAAUCAAGGAGAUAACAGGUGUUACUACCAAGUGCUGGAGACCUCCUUAUGGUGACGUUGAUGAUCGUGUUCGUGCUAUUGCUUGGCAAAUGGGCUUACAAACGAUUCUCUGGGAUGAAGACACUGAUGACUGGAAUAUGCCUGGUGAAGGUGGAGGAAAGUUACCACCAAGCACAGUGGAUGGCUACUUUGAAAACUGGAUCACAGAUCGUAAGAACGGAAAAGAUAAUAAGACAGGUCAUAUUGUUCUUCAACAUGAACUUAAUAAUUCUACUGUCUUGAUGGCUGAAAAAUGGCUUCCACGGAUCAAGCAAGUAUUCAAUGUAGUUCCCUGGAAUCAAUGUUUUAAUAUUUCCCAUCCUUAUUGGGAAACCAAUUUCGUCUAUCCCAUCAAUGAACAAAAUAGUUACAAUAGCACUGCUGAAACAACUCGUUCUUUAGUUAAUUCUCAUUCUACCGUUACUACUGAUAACGCUCUGGUUAGCGCUUCUUCUUCUUCAAUUAUUCCUUCUGCUAAUACUGUCAGUGCUAGCUCUACUAUUUCUACUUCCAAAUCUAUUUUUUAUACAUAUAUUUUUUUUAUUCAUUUUUUGUUAUUUCCAUUUUAAACAUAUAAUUCUAAUUAUAUUAUUAAAUAUUGAUCGUUAUAUUUAUAUAUUUGCUUCAAAUAAAAUUGUCUAAUAUUUAUCUUUUUAACUACUCUUU